CCCCCCGGGGCGGCGAUGAACGGGUCGGGGCGGCUGGCGGCGGGGCCCGGGGAGCAGCUGGGCGCGAACGGCAGCGGCCCCGCGGAGCUGCGGGAGGGCACCCACGCUGCCACCUUGGCCGCCUGCGCCUCCCUGCUGGCCCUUGUCUUCUGCCUGGGCUCCUACGGCAACCUCAUCGUGCUGCUCUCCUUCUUCGACCCGGCCCUUCGCAAAUUCCGCACCGACUUCGACUUCAUGAUCCUCAACCUGUCCUUCUGCGACCUGUUCCUCUGCGGCGUGGCCGCCCCCAUGUUCGCCUUCGUGCUGUUCUUCGGGCCGACCCGCGGCGUGUCGGGCACCUUCUGCUUCACCUUCCACCUCACCAGCUCCGGCUUCAUCAUCAUGUCCCUCAAGACGGUGGCGGUGAUCGCGCUGCACCGGCUGCGCGUGGUGCUGGGCAGGCAGCCCCCCCGCGCCGCCUCGGCGCCCCGCACGCUGCUGCUCACGCUGGGGCUCUGGGCCGCCAGCCUCACCCUGGCCACACUGGCCACGCUGCGUGCCCGUGGCUCACGGCGCUGCCUGCCCAUGACCAGCCUGGCCAGCGGACAGGGCAGGCUCAUCCUCUACCUCUACAUCGCCGACUUCAUCUGCUGCGUGGCCGUGGUGGCCGUGUCCUACGUGAUGAUCGCCCGGGCCCUGCGCAGGAACGCGCGCGCGAGGCAGGGCCCGCCCGUGGCAGCCGUGGGCACCCCCCGGCCACAGCCCGCCCUGUACCGGACCCAGAGCUGCGGGCAGGCCCACGGACAGGGCCCUGGACACCCCAAGCACGCCACGAGGCUCCCGCUGGCGUCGGCCGUCAACCUGGCCACGGCCAAGGACUCCCGGGCCGUGGGGACGUGCGUGGUCAUCGUGCUCUCCGUGCUGGUGUGCUGCAUGCCCCUGGGCAUCUCCCUGGUGCAGGACGUGCUGUCCAGCAGUGGGGGCUUUGUCCUCUACCAGUUUGAGCUGUGUGGGUUCACCCUCAUUUUCUUCAAGUCCGGGUUAAAUCCUUUCAUCUAUUCCCGCAACAGCGCAGGGCUGCGGCGCCGCGUGCUGUGGUGCCUGCAGUAUGCCGCCCUCGUCUUCUGCUGCUGCAAGCACAGGACCAGGCUCCGGGCCAUGGGCAAGGGGAGCCUGGAAGUCAACAGGAACAAGUCCUCCCACCACGAGACCAACUCGGCGUACAUGUUGUCCCCAAAGCCUCAGAAGAAGGGCUUGGACCAGGCCUGCGCUCCCAGUCACUCCAAGGACAGCGUGCUGAGCCCCAGGGCUUCCGUGGGGCACCAGCACUACGGCCAGAGCAGCUCCACCCCCAUGAACACCCGGAUCGAGCCCUACUACAGCGUGUACAACAGCAGCCCUUCCCAGGAAGUCAGCACCCCCAACAGCCUGCAGCCAGUCAACUCCACCUUUGCCUUUUCCAAGCCCUACGUCGCCCAUCCCACCCCCGGCGGCUGGGACUGCGGCACUGCUCCCACCAGGCACAUCCCAGUGCCCUCGGUGUAGCCUGACCCACCAGCCCAGAGCGGCCCCUGCUCAGGCUGGGGAAGGGUUAUCCCCAAGUCAGUGACACAGCACUGCUGCCAAUGAGUGGAAAUGCCAUUCCUGUCCAUGUCCAGCUGUUUGGAGCCAAUGCCUGGGGAUUUCUCUGGAAUUUCACUGGCGAGUCAAAAAGGGGGGUGCAUUUUAGAUUUGUGUUUGGAAUCGUUACGUGAGGGUGUUUUGGUACUGAAUUUUACUGCUGGACAAGUGAAAAAGUAAAUGCCAUAACUGUGUGAUUUAUUAUGUCACAAGGCCAGGUUGAACAGGGCUUGGAGCAACCUGGACUAGUGGAAAGUGUCCCUACCCAUGGCAGAGGGUGGGACUGGAUGAGCUUUUCAACCCAUUCUGUGAUAAGGCAGAGUAUUACAUGUAUCUUGUAUUUUCCAGAAAGAAGAAUUGGGAGGGUUCUUGUUAUUAUUGGAGUUGAAACUUUUCCCAUUGUAGAAGGUUGGAAAAACUGGUGGCACUUUUCAGUAAGAUCAAAAGUCUUUUCUAUUCCUGAGGUGAAAUCCUGGUUCCCUUGAGGUAAAUGGCAAAAUUUCCAUCAGGUUCCACCGAAGUUCAGGAUUUCACUCUUGACUUCUUCAAGUGGGACAAGGCAUUAUUCAGUCAGUGUUGUAUUUCCACUGGGAAGGACUUUGGGGAAGUAUAGCACGGGAAUAAACCUCUGCAGUUAAUAUAUAAAUAUCUGCUGGGUGCUUAUUUUAAGGAGGGUUGUUUUAUGUAUCCCAAAAUAAUUUGGAGAGGUGUCUACCUCUGAUAGAAGUAGCUGUGCAAUACCUACUUAAUGAUGUGGAUAAAGAUGAGGAUGAAGGUGAAUGUUGCAAUAUUAUAGGACAGGAGUAAUGCAGUCAAUUUUGGAAUUCCCCAACUGGUGAGCUGUUAGGCACAGAGUUGUGUUCCUUAUUGCUCGUUUGCCCAUGACUUUUAUAAAUUGGGACAGGUAGAACUGACAGCUGUUAACAUUUUUAAACCCAGAACAACCAUGUCCCAGCUAACUACCAGUUUUGGAGAUUUUUUUUUUUUAAGAAAUCUUAACAUCAGUUUGAUUUAAUCUGUCUGCUUAGAAACUUCCUCUGUUGGUCUACACAGCAAGCAAGUAACUUGAAAGGAAUUGUGUUUUAUUUUUGUGUUGUGUCACACGUUGUGGGAAAUUGAAAUUCCUGACAGUUCUGGCUGUAGGUCACCAAAUCUCUGCCAAACAACCUUCACCUUCAGCAGAGCCUCAGUGUCUCCAAAACAAUCCUGCCACAGACGUUUGGUACCUCCUUAUAGGAAAGUGCCACAUCUUUAGGAAAAUGACAGCGAUGGGAAGGUGAUUUGGUACUUCAGAAACAAAAACCAUCCACUCCCUGCUGCGUGAGAGUUGUUGAUUCGGGCCUUUUGUUAACUGAACUGCUUUGGAGGCUUUCCUAGAACGCUGUUCUUUGUUUAACACUGAAUUUGAAUUAGUUUUGAAUAAUUCAAACCAGCUUUCUUGCAAUAAAACCGAUGUGAACAACUUUCUAAUACAAAUGUAAAAUUGAAGUGAUUUCAGUCUUUCCUCUCUGCCCAGAUACUUUUUUUUUUUCUCUCCAAAUGAAUAACGUGGUUCUUUCCAAACUAAGUAUAAAAGAUAACUGAAAAGUCUUGUUUGGUUGUUCUGUAGUUAAAUUUCUCUUCAGUACAAAUUGUACCGGAGGGAAAAAAUACAGAUGGAGCAGUUUUGGGGUUUGCUGUGUGUGUGCAACUUCUCCCGUGCCUUUAGUUUGGAUCACAUGAACUUCAGCACACGCUGCAAGGUUAAACUAAACCCCUCACACCUUAUUCGUGACAGUCAUUUGUGUGGAAUGUUCAUGUGGGAGUAAAGCAAGAAGGGUCCAAGAAGGAGCUUUUAUUGCCUUUAUGUGAUGUGUUAGUGCAAAAAAAACUUUGUUAACUCCCGGUGCCAACCGUACUCUUAAUAUACCACCCACGUGUUAAUAUUGGGGUUUAUAUGAAAAGUAUAGAUAGGAAAGUGCAGCACCUUUUCAUCUGCAGUAGGAGCAAAACCUGAUUUAAGUUGUCAGUUUUACUGAGUUCAUUGUUUUGUGGGAUGUUUAUGGGUGUAGGAAAUCGAGAUGGGAUUUUGGGAUUAGGUGGGUACAACUUUGCAGAGAAUCAUGAACUGAUUUAAUCAAUUUUAUGAUAAAAUAGUCAGCUUAGUCUUUGGGAGUUUAACUUUUCUUUUUUCUUUUAGCCCCUUGUAUGAGAAACCUGCUGAGCACGGAACCAGUCAAGCUCCAGUAAGGAACCAGUAAAGAGUAACUGCAAGGUUGAAAAGCAGAGAUCCAAGCAGAGGGAAGCAACAAAGUGCAGGCCAAAGGAGGAGACAUCCACGGCACUUACAGAAAUGCUGGGAAUAGCUGGAGAGAUUCAAGCACCCGGGAAGAAAAGGCUGUUUACCAGCACCUGGGUCUCAUCCCUUCGGGAUUGCUUCAUCAGAGGGAAUGACACAAGUGCGACAGUCCUGCCAGGAACCUCUCCUGGGGCUGAUCCAGACAAACCCCGUGGCAUCACUGAGCCUUUGCAGGAGGCACCUCUGCAAUACCAUCUUCCAUUGCACAAUCUGCAGCGCCAGUCUGGGCCCACACCAUGGGACUCUGCUUUUAUGUCUCUCAUCAGCAACCAGGCAAGUCUGACCCAUCCAAAACCUGUCCAGCCACCUCAGUAAAGCUCCACAGAACUGUGACCAUGGAUCUUCCCGUGAUCCCAGCCCCCUGGAGCUUUGCUCUGCCAAGGAUUUACCAGCGACUUGCUGGGCCUUACCUGUCAGGGGAAGUUUGCUGGGAAGUGGGAUAUGCGACGCUUAUCUGAGGCAGCCGGGAGAGGUCACUGUCCCCGCAUCGCUGGGCUUUGGAGAAUUCCCAGUGCCGGGAGCGCUGCCCGGCUCCAGCCCGGCUCUCUGUCACGAGACCCCGGUCCCGAUGCUCCGUGCCGUGCAUGUACUCCCUGAAAAGGCAGAGCUCCAGCUGGUCAUUGGUAUGACUGGAAACUCUUGUGGUAGCCUGAAGGCUCCCCUGCCCUGUCCUGAGGGCUGGAAAAUCCAAGACGGUUCGUGCUAUCUGUCUGGUCUGACCAGGCACUUUCCUGCUGGGACAGGUUCUGGGAAUUACCCUGCAGUCAUCAGUUCUUCAGACAGAUGCCAGUCUGCUUUGGAGAUGGGUUUUUGUGAGCUGGAAAUGUAAGGGAGGAGAGCUGAAUCUGCAGAGGAGCUGCUCAAACCCGGAGAGGAUCAGCACCAGCCUUCAUGAGACCAGAUGUCACAGGAGCUUCUCUGAUUAAGGUGAGCUUAGAUUUGUGUGUUGGAUGAAAAUCUUAGGUAUUUAUGGCCAGGAAAUGCACUUGUCUGCUUGAAACAGCUCUACCUUCCACAGGCAUGGGAGCAAACCUGCAGAACCCCUCAGGCACAAACCUGAGCAGAGCAGCACAGCCCUCCAGUUCUGGGAGCUUUCUGUGUAUUCAAGAACCUUGUUUUCCCCCAGUUUUGGUCCUGGCAUAUUCCUGCA